AUGCGGUCCGUUGCUCAGCUGUACGGCCGUCAGGGGGGGAAUCAAGGGAGAAAGAAGGGUUCAGACCGUGUGGGUGGUUCAGGAGAGAACAGAGGUGACUAUAGCGAGGUUCUUCCUGUACCAGCUUCGCCACAGGAGGCGAAAGAUUUGCUUCAGCAGCUAAUAGAGGCAACUCGAUCCUUGGCCUCUCCUUCGGGGGUCAACCUGGUGGCAUUCUCAGGGGGGGUCGACUCUUCCCUUGCUGCCUUGCUGCUCCCUUCCCCCUGCAUAGAGCACCAUCAGACUCGCCUCUUCCAUCCCUCCCUUUCCUCAUGCUCCCCACCAAGCCCAAACUCCCAAGAAACCCGCUCCCUCACCUCUCCCUCUGGCGUCAACCUGGUGGCGUUCUCAGGGGGAGUUGACUUCUUUCCCUUACCCACCCUCUCCCCCUUCUAUUUCUCCCAUCCGUUUCCUCAUUCCCUUCCCUCCCAGGAGACUCGCUCCCUUGCCUCUCCCUCUGGUGUCAAUCUGGUCAACCUGGUGGCAUUCUCAGGGGGGGUUGACUCCUCUCUUGCCGCCUUGCUGCUGCACAGAGCAUUCUCGGACUCACUCACUUGCUCACUUUGCCAUCAACCCACAUCCUCCCAGGAGACUCGCUCCCUCGCCUCCUCUUCUGGUGUCAACCUGCUAAUCACAGCUCGCCACGUGGCAGCAGCCAUUGGCAUUCCCCUGUGGGAGACCCCUCCCGCUUGGGUCUGCUGGGUGCUCUGCUCUGCUAGUACCCUCUCAUCUCAACAUGCCCUCUCGACCCCUCUCGACCCUUCGGUGACUCCCCUCAACCUCUCUCUACCGCUAUCAACUCCCUCCAUUUCAGUCACUCUAUUCAACGGCACCAACGCAGAUGACCUAUCAGACCCCUCCCGCUUGGGCCUGCUGGCAGCUCUGCACUGCCGGGUCGUCUCACCCCUCGCCCGUUUACCCAAAGCCGCUGUGCGGGUGAGUGCUACUGUUCAGCACAGCUCACCAGUAGCCAGAGCAGCGGGUUUACCCAACUGGGACUUGGCAGCGUCGCCCUGCCUGCGCAGCCGACUGGCGUUUGGAGUGGAGGCGACAGCAAGCACGCUGAUGCUGGUGGAGAGAGCGGAAGAGAUGGUCCGCUCCUUGCUUCCUCUCACCUCAAGAGACAACAUGAGAGUGCGACUGCUGCAUCCCACCCCAAGAGACAACAUGAGAGUGCGACUGCUGCAUCCCACCUCGCUCCCAUCUCCCUCUCCCCUCUCCACCCCGACAAACACCUCCACCACGGCUACCACACCGAUUCCACCUGCUGCCUCACCACUUCAAUCCCCACUUGAGUCAUUUCAAAACCUGCCAAUAGGUGCAAACUCAGCCCCCUCGGGUGCUCUCUGCGCGCUUCUUGAGGUAGGGGCAAAUCUCUUGCAGCAAGCAGAGGAACAGCAUUCAGGAAUUGAGGAGGGUAUGGCGGCCCUUGGUGUUCAUUACCUGGGCUGCAGGGCCUUCAAGAGUGGCAGCCUCGUGAUGCCUCUCUAG